AUGAAACUGGCAAGGGCAUUUCGUCAAAUUGUGCGACCUCUUGUCCAAACAGCUAAUCAAUACCAUGGAGUUCGUCAAUCCGUCCGCAGAUUCCAGAGUCACGGUACCCGACAAAGUACCUCCAGAGCCCUCCAGGGUCUCUCUAGAUUGUGGCCCUCUGCAUUCAUUGCAGCUGGUGUGACUGGGCUUGGACUAAUUUCCUGGCCAUAUGAACCAUGGACGUCGGGCCACAGUGAAGAACAACAGAUAAAAUACGCUGAUCGAGAAACUAUGCUAAAGGGUGUCCAAACUAUUUCCGACGCGCUCGGGCCAGACUCGGUAACAAUGGACGAAGACGACAUUGAUCUGCAUUCCAACUCGGAAAUUUCGACAUCACAAUGCGCUACCAGACCAGUCGCCGUUGUUACACCAAAGAAUACGGCAGAGGUGUCGAUUAUUGCGCGCAUAUGUUCUGAGUAUAAAAUUCCGAUGAUUCCCUUUGGUGGCGGGUCUAGUGUCGAGGGGCAUUUCACAGCUCCAUAUUCAGGGUUGAGUAUCGACUUCUCUGAGAUGAAUCAAAUUGUCGCCUUUCACGAAGAAGACAUGGAUGUGGUCGUCCAACCAGGAGUCAAUUGGAUGGAUCUGAACAAUGAGAUCAAGGACAGUGGGCUCUUCCUGCCCAUGGAUCCUAGCCCAACUGCCCUUAUUGGAGGUAUGGUUGCCACGAACUGCAGCGGAACAAACGCUGUCAGAUACGGGACCAUGAAGGACUGGGUCAUUAACCUGACAGUCGUUUUGGCGGAUGGUUCCGUCAUCAAAACUCGACACCGACCACGGAAAACGUCAGCUGGCUAUAACCUCACCGGCUUAUUCACCGGCUCGGAAGGUACUCUAGGAAUGAUCACAGAGAUUACACUCAAACUCGCGCCAGUUCCCGCGAAAGAAAGUGUCGCUGUGGCUACCUUUCCGUCUGUCAAAGAUGCAGUAGCCAGUGCCUCGAAGAUAAUACGCCAGGGGAUCCUCGUCGCCGCGGUAGAGCUCAUGGAUGAAGUACAGAUGGAAGUUCUGAAUCGUAACGGAGGAGCAGGCGGGAGAAUGUGGCCUGAGAAGCCAACAUUACUGCUCAAAUUUUCUGGUAGCACAGAUUCCAUAGCUGCUGACAUUAGGCGUGUCGAAGAUAUAAUUGCCCAACAGGGAGGCAGCGCGUUUGAAUUCGCGCGGACAAAAACGGAGAUGCAUAAUCUUUGGGCCGCUCGCAAGGAAGCUAUUUGGGCGAUGUUAGCACAGAAGCCAGAGGGAACACAACUAUGGUCCACAGAUGUUGCGGUGCCGUUGUCGAGAUUACCAGAGAUUAUUGAUCUAUCAAAAAAAGAGUCCCAAGGUUUAGGGCUCUUCUCCAGCGUCCUGGGCCAUGUUGGUGACGGAAACUUUCACCAAGCCGUUAUGUAUGAUCCGAACAUCGCGUCGCAGACCCAGGCAGUACAGGACUGUGUCAAGAAUAUGGUCCGUAGAGCUGUUGAAAUGGAGGGGACGGUCUCAGGCGAACAUGGUAUUGGGUUGGGCAAAAAGGAAUGUCUAAUGGAAGAACUUGGAUUCGAGACAGUUGCCGUGAUGCGGACAUUGAAGCGCAGUUUAGAUCCCCAUUGCCUCAUGAAUCCCGGGAAGGUGUUCGAGCCGUGAAAACAAGAUUCUCUCUUCUUUUGCUAGAUAAUGAACCUCAUCCCUUUCAAACAUGACACACUAAGUAACCAUUAAGAGAGAUAGAGCAGGAUAUAAUUCUACGUACAUACAAUGA